AGCACCUUUCCGCGGCUUUAGUAAUCUAGCCCUCAAGCAGCGUUGGGAGGCACUUCCGGACCCCAGGCCGGAGUUGUCCAAUCGGCUCUGCGGAGUCGCCGCAGAGGCUGAUGGGGCGUCGGGAGACUGCGCGGCAGCCGGCGUCUGCACCAUGCCGGACUCGUGCGGCCACAACCAGUAUUUCGAUAUUUCUGCCCUCUCCUGUGUCCGCUGUGGAGCCAACCAGAGGAAGGACGCCCGAGGAACUUCAUGUGUGUGCAUACCAGGAUUUCAGAUGAUUGCCAAUAAUGGAGGACCUGAUAUUAUCUGUAAAAAGUGCCCAGAAAAUAUGAAAGGCGUUACCAAAGAUGGCUGGGAUUGCAUUUCUUGCCCUGGUGGUUUAACUGCAGAAGGAAAAUGCUACUGUCCCACUGGCCAUAUUUUAGUGGAACGAGAUAUUAAUGGAACGUUGUUGUCUCAAGCAACUUGUAAGCCCUGUGAUGAAAAUGAAAACUCUUUUACGGUAGCAAAUGCUUUAGGAAACAGGUGUAUCCGUUGUGAGCCAACAUUCAUUAGUACCAGCAGGUCCUGUGCGUGUUCAGAACCUAACAUUUUAACAGGGGGAUUAUGUUUCAGCAGCACAGGGGAUUUCCCUCCACGUGUGAUAUCAACUGCACGUUAUGGAGCACUUAUUCAGUGAAAUAUCUUUAAGCAAGAAUAUGACAUAAAUGUUGUGUACAGCCCAUUGCAUCAAAAUAAGGAGCACAUAAUGUCAGGUUGCGCAGUUAUUUGGUGAUGCCAAAUUUGAUUGCCUGGUUAUGGUGGUGUCUGUCACUUCUCUCCAUUGUAAAGGUACUGUAGUUAAUAAGUUAGUCUCAGAUUUUACUUUGAGUCUAUGUAAAUAUCCAUUUUAGCAGCCAUUGAUGAACUUUGCCUGAAUUAACUAUUAAAUUGGUUAUUUCAAAAUGAUUUCACAGUUCUAUUCUCUUUAUAUUUAUUAGUUAGCAAUUUUCUAUAAAGAUCACUUUCCUUGUAGAUGAGGGUAAAAGGGAUCA